CAGAAAGAAUGCUGCACUGAAACAGUCAUUCUGACUGUGUGAAUCGUUCAACAUGGAUUUGGGGCAGUUCAAGGACAACACCUUAGUAUUUCAUCCAGGCUGUAAACAAACUAUACACAAGACAUGGAAGCUCAGAAUUCACAUUCGUCCAAGUCAAAUGAAAACUACAUCACAGAAAAAAAUGAAAGGGUUGACUGUAGCUGGUUUAGACUUAUGGACAAAAUCUUUUGACUGCCUGCUGUCGGACCAAAAUGGACAAAUGGCAUUUACCUUAUUUCUUAAGUCAGAGUUCUGUGAGGAGAACAUAGAAUUUUGGCUCGCCUGUGAGGAAUUCAAAUGUGUGAAGACAAAAAAAACACUGUCCUCCACAGCAGUUGACAUUUAUGAACAGUUCAUCAGAAACGGCUCUCCAAAACAGAUCAAUCUGGAUUUUCACACAAGAGAUUGUACCACAAAGAACCUUCAGAAUCCUACCCCAACCUGUUUUGUUGCAGCACAAAGAAAAAUCUUUCAGCUGAUGGAGAACAGUGCUUACCCCCGUUUCCUCCAGUCAGACUUUUACAAGGAGCUACAUUCCAUGGCCAUCACAACAGCUAAAAAGAAGCAGAGACGAGUCCUGGAUUAAGCCUUGAAAGUUUAUGGAGACUGAGCAACAAUUACUCACCAGCCAAACUGACAUUUCACCAGCAUUUGGCUGGUUGGCUGGUGUUAAUUUAGAGCCCUGCUUUACAAUUACUUAAUUAUGAGGACUUUCAUCAUUGUAUCAAGAGAAAAGACUUUUAAUGCUGAUUGUUGUGGACUGACACGACUCUGUGGAUAUGCUGCAUGAACACUUGUGUUGAAGCUCAAUGUCAACACAUUUGUAAUGUGCAGAUGCAUUCAUAUUUAUGCAAUUAAUAAUGUCCAGUUUGAGCCAUAUUUAUAACAUUCUAUUUGUGCCUGUACCAGUGUAGGCCUACAUUAAAUGUACAAAAAUGAACUGUGUUUUUUUUUUUUUUUUUACUUCAAUACCGCUCAACAAAUGUGGAUAAACAGACCCAUCUAGUGGUUAAAAUGACACUGACGUUAUGUUAGGGACUGCAAUGGCAUAUUGGGCCAGUAAGGCGGCCUGAUGAUAAACUAUUUUCACCGGUAUGUAAACCAUGUGUCAUUAAUUGACUGUAUCCAAAAACAAACCCAACCUCAAUUAGACUCUACAAUUUAUAGGCCGACAUCCUAGUUUUCUAGCUAUUAAUUGCAAUUCAAGCUGUAUGCAUCGACUGAAUAUCUUGAAAUCGCACGAAGGUAAAAAAAAUGGGAAAAAAGGAAGGGAAGGGAAAAAAAUGUUUGACUCACCUUCAAAUUGGUUUAACUGAAGAGAAGAGUGAAAUCCAAGUAAAUAUGAUGAGGGGCACGUGUGAUGUUCUAAAAAACCUUUUGACUGAUAGUGUACGAAGGACAUGUAUUUUCUUUAGUCUGCUUUUAGGUGGGUGACAUUGCAGCCAUACAGCUGUUGCAUAUGGACAACAUUUCUAUGCAACAGACAGUCAUUGGAACACACUGGCAAUCACACUGAAAUUACACAAUGAAAAGAAAAGAUAGCAUACCUAGCCUACUAGGUCCUAACAGACCCCUGCGUGUCAUAAUCCUAGGAAUAUGAUAAGUCCAGA